UAAACUAUAACGUGUAUGUAUAUUUUAAGAAUAAUAAUUCUGCAUGAUAUAGAUAUUAUUAUUGUACGAUCAUUCGGACGAUAGACAAGUGUUUUUCGACGGUUGCUUUCAACUUUUAAUCUCAAUUAUUUUCGUCGCAAGACAGUUGAAUUAUACCAUUAAUUAUGACAAGGUACACAAUCGUGUUAUCUUUGAUAGCACAAUUCCUUUUUGAUUGUGUUUAACUCGGCAAAAUUAUUUCACAUGCGAUAUAUGUUAAAUCGUUUCUCCACGUUUCUGUUGUAAUCUGCAGUUGCGAUGGAUGUACGAAGUCAUCGAUGAACAUUGGAAUAUAUUGACGGAUGAUACAGAAAUUCGAAUAACGAAGGGAUAUGCCAUGCUGUCGCAAAAAUUUAUGAAAUAUUAUUCAAUGCUAAUUUAUACCACAUUAGUGAUUAAUGUAACGCCAUCGUUAACACCGCUACUCCUAGACGCCGUAAUACCUCUUAAUGAAUCACGUCCGCGAUUCUUUCCAGUCGAAGUCGAAUUCAGGGUGGACAAAGAUAAAUACUUUCUACCAAUUUGGUUUUAUAUUUUCAUAUUAGGUCUGGUGAGUUCGAACGUCGUAGCAGGCGUUGAUUCAAUGCAUAUAGUAAAUGCCGCACAUGCAAGCAGUUUAUUUGCGAUUGUUAGUAAGCAAAUGGAAAAUAUCAUUUUAAAAAUAGACAAUAACAAUGGCACCAGGAAAAAUAAAUAUUCUAUGAAUGAGGAACUUGACUCGUUAAGCGAUAAAAUAAUAUACCGGGAAUACGUAAUAUGUUUGAGAAAAUAUCAGCAUGCUAUAAAAUUUGUUGAUGCAUUAAAUUCAUCAUAUCAAGCGUAUGCAUUAAUUAUGUUAUUAUUAAGUAUUGGAAUAGUGAAUAUGAUUGGAAUUCAACUUAUUUACGUAACAAAUCAAGUAAGAGUACUACUAAAACUUGCGUUUUUAUUCAUGGCACUAUUGUGUACUCUGAUGAUCACAUGUUAUUCUGGCCAAACAAUAAUGGAUGAAAGUCAGAAUGUAUUUCAUGGAGCAUACGCGGCAGAAUGGUACAAGUUCUCACCUAGACUAAAAUCUUUAUUGAUAAUCACUCUUUACAGAAGUAAAACACCAUGCGAAUUAAAGGCAGGCAAUAUGAUUCCGUUAUCCAUCGCGACUUAUGCAACGGUAAUGCGAAUGUCUAUGUCUUACUAUACGACAUUGUUAUCAAUCUAAGACUGAUGAUUGUAUGUAUGCUAAUUAGUUCUUUGGUUCUUCUGAUAUAUCUUCGUCACUUAAUGACAACUGUAGUAAGGAGAUUUGCGAUGCUAUAUUUAUUCGAUAAUGGAGUUAUAAUUUUAUCCGAUUAGAUACUUCUUACUGCACUAUUCUUAUAUUUUUACUAAACUUUUUCACUAAACACAAUAUUUUGUUAUUCAGUAAUUAUUUUAUAAAUUACACUGUUGUAUAAAACUCAAAUCUGUUUAUGCUAUUUGCUUUCCAUUAUUAAUAUUACAAUUUCCAUAUUAAUAUCAUUAUUUUCUUUAACUUUAUAAACCUUUAAAAUUAAUUUAUGCUCUUUUUCUGCAUUUCCUGUAACUUUCUCACUAAAUUAAUUCUUUCGAGCUUACCAUUCAGUAAACGGUAAACUUAUUGUUCUUUUUAUACACAAUUUUUUAUUUUCAAAGGUAAAUUUAUUUACGUUCACAAAAUCGAGUUUGUGUCUAAAAUUAAUGGCAAAAAUUCUAGCAAACAGGAGAAAGAUACAUGAAAGAGAAAUUAGCACACACGUCUACAUUAUUAUAAUUAUAAUCACUGGUAACUUUGUGUUGUAGGUAUCAUGUAAUAUUAGAACAUGUCACACACUAUAACAUGUCGAUCUGCAAAAGGAUCUAAUAAACGAUAUUUCAAAAGAUAUGUAAUAUGGUUUUAUUAUGCAUCGCGACCUAUAUACGGCGAUAUGUAAAAUACACAAAACUGUUAAGCUUUAUAUAUACAUAUAUGUAAAAAAAAAGAUUAAAAAUUAUAAACAUAAAUUAGACGUAUUUCUUCGAUGUAAAAUAUGAUUCAUUCGUGUGUUACCUCGAAAAAAAUAUAACUUAUGUUGAGCAGAAAGCAGAAAGUUUAUAAGAAGUUUCUCACGAAUUUUGUUUGAAACGGCCAAAAGCCUAUGAUCGACAGAUAUACCCGAUUGGCAUUAUAUUCUCGCUGAAAAUUCUCUAACAUGAUUAUUCGUCUUGUUUCCCCAUUGAAAGACUACGACGAUAUGACGCUUGUUAUGUGUAUUAUUGAUUUCUCAACGUACAAGUCGUGGUGCAAAUAACACAAAAUUAUACGAUGUCCGCGACCGUCACAGUCAAUUCAUCAAUUUGCUGAUAUCAAAGUGUACAUAAAAAUAGGAAGUGGUAAGAAAAUGUGUUGUACAUAUACAUAUAAAUUAUACAUUUAUAUGUAUAUGUACAACACAUUUUCUUACCACUUCCUAUUUUUAUAAUAAACGUAAUUCCACUUGUGCUUAAGAUAUUCUGGCAAAGGAAACGGACAUGAAAAAAUGGGGACACCACGCAUUCACGUUA